UCCUGCAGCGCCUGCCUCUUCCCCUUUGGCCCAAGAAAGGCGCGUGGAGGAGAGAAGCGGGGCUUUUGGGGCGCCUCCCGGAUCGGGACCUGGACGGAGGAAGGGGUGAGACUGAGUUGAUGUCUGUUUGGGGGACCAAAAACGAAGAAGCAAAUCCCAGAUCCCUCCAACAUUUGCAAGAUGAUGAACAGGAGAAGAAUUCCCAGCAACAUCUGGGGCAACCUGGGCAGGAACUCAUAAUCAAGCGAAAAAACAGAGAAAUGAAAAUCGGAGUGGGCAGGCAUGGACUUCACAUGAAAGGACCAAUGCAGGGGAGAAACCACGUAAAUACAUGUCACCUCAGUUGUUUGGAAUGUGGGAAAAGCUUCAGUCAGAACAAGAGCCCCGAUAUACACCAUAGAAUUCACAACGGGAAGAAACCACAUAAAUGUAUGGAAUGUGGAAAGAGCUUCAGUUACAAUAGUAAAUGUAGGUCAUGUCAAAAAACCCACAGAGGGGAGAAAUCACAUAAAUGCAUAGAAUGUGGAAAGAGCUUUAGUCAGAGUGGUCACCUCAGGUUACAUCAGAGGUCUCACACUGGGGACAAACCGUAUAAAUGCAUGGAGUGUGGAAAGAGCUUUAGUCAGAGUG